CACACUUCAAUAAAAGAGCUAUUUAAAACUACAUAAAUGGCAAAAGUAAUGGCCGUUCAUACUUUACUUAUCGACCACAAGUUAAUGGACAGAAUACACACAGAAAACGUGUACAAGUGAAUUAUUUAAGAUGGCCACUAAGCUAUGGCAUUCAUUAAUUUUCAUACUCAUGAUUACGUAUUUACAAAAGAGCAUGUGCAAGAAGAAAGGGAACAAAAACCGUAGAAUAUCGUCAAAGGUAGAAAAUUAUGGUCUAAAUAUAUAUAAAGUGCUCGGGGAAAUGUACGAUCAUGACAUUGGCGAUAUUCAAAGCAACGAUGAUAACUCUAUCCAUGGGGAAAAUAAACCAAGAGAAGGAACUAGGUCGAAACGUUCAAUUUCAAGUGCUAGGAAUUCUUUGUGGGAUUUACCAGUCCCAUACGUGAUAGAUGAAGAUGGACUAAAUCCUGAGGACAUUGAAGCAAUUGAAACGGCAAUGGCUACUUGGAAAAUAGACACGUGUCUUGAUUUUGAACGGAUACGAAACAUCGAGGAACGUCCAGACAUCAAGAAUUAUGUCUUGUUUGGGUUUUAUCGAAACCCUGAAAUCCUGAAAGAUAGAAAGUUUUACUACGGAAGAGACGUGAAUGAGAAGGCCUAUAAAACUUUUGCGGGUACUGGUUUCACUGCACUAAACCAGGCAGCAAAUAUUGCUAAAAUGCUUGGCAUUUUCGACGAGUACCAUCGACCGGAUGCUGAUAAGUAUAUGCUCUAUUUACGCCAAAACGCUAAACCGAUACGUCUUGGUUUCCUGGCUCCAAUAUCCAACUCAAUGGCAGUGGACUUCGGCAUUCCAUUUGACUUUGGAAGCCUUGUUAUGGCCCCCGUAUACUUUCACAGUGACUACACAGCUGACCCAGUUCUUCCUGCAAUGCUUCCAAGGAAUGGGCUCUACCAACAGACUAUGGGAUCGACCAUAUUUUCAGGACAGCCUUCUUUCUAUGACAAAAAGUUGGUCAAUAUUGCCUAUUGUUUCCAUAGAAAACGUCAUCCUUCCUAUAUCAAUGACCGUGGAUUAAUAGGUUCUGAUCCAACCGCAUUAUCAGCUAUUGAUUGCUCAAACGGGGGAUACGCGCAUCCACUGAAUUUAACAAAGUGCAUAUGUCCGAGAGGAUUUAUUGGGACCACAUGUGACAUGAUAUCUACUGGGUCACCAGAUACGUGCGGGGGCAUCACACUGACCACACCAGGUAUUAUCGAGUCUCCGGGAUAUUUCAUUGGAAAAUCAGGAUUGGGCUAUAAAAAAUGGCAAACCUGUACUUGGAUGAUACAGGCUCCGGCGGACAAGAGGGUCCAGAUACAAUUCAUUGAUUCAUUCGACUUGUUCUGCAGUCAUUACGUCGAAGCCGCUCUUUCUUGUGUUGAUUGGGUAGAAGUUAAAUAUGAAAAGGACCUUGCAAAAACCGGUAUACGAUUCUGCUGUAGGCAAACCCCUCAAGUCAUUCUGAUGUCAGAAACGAAUAGAAUGAUGGUUCUGUUUCAAUCGAAUGGAGUUGAAGGUUUACAAGGAUUCCGUGCUAAAUACACAUUUGAAACAGGCGCUCAGUGGGCGGAAUGGAGUCAAUGGACUCCUUGCUCAAAGUCGUGUGGGGGUUGUGGCAGAAGAAGUCGCAAAAGGGCGUGUUUACAUCAUCAGAAAUACCCAAGAUGCGAAGGAAGUUCAUUUGAUACAGAGACGUGUAACGUAUUUGCAUGCAAUAUAGAUGUCUCUGCAAAGUGCAAUGGAUGUUCAUUACCCGAUGCAGAAAAGAAACAGGAAUGUCAUAGAAAUUGUGAGAUCUCAGGUACCUGCUGCCCUGGUUACUUCAAACAGGGAAUCAUGUGUUUACCAGAAAGUAGACGGUCAUUUGUUGCAGGAGCAGACUGGUGGAAACCUAGAAUGCACUUCAACCAGCUUUACACUUAAUUAACUUAGGGAUGGAAAUAGAACUGCGUAUAUACAGCUUCAUACAUACACUAUUUAUAUUGUAAAUUAUACCGUAAAUUAUGGUCACAAUGACUAUUAAUGAAAUAAAAUAAUAAUAACUAGACAUGUAACUUGAACAAGUUCAAUUUAAUACUCCAGAUUUCAGACUUUUUUUAAGCUGAGUCAUCCAACUACUUGUACGCUGAGUCAUUCAGAAUAAGCUGAGUCAACUAGAAUAUAGACAUUUAGACAACU